UGUUGUCGCCCUAAGCUAGCGGAAGUGUCACGGAGCCCACAAGAGGAAAGACGUGAUCUUACCUGACUUGAUAAUAUUAUAACGAUGGAGGUGGAUCAGUUGCUGUCUUUAUCAGGUUCAGCCUUGGCUCAGGCCAUCAGCUCUCUGCUGGAGACUCCGGGGCUUUAUGUUUUCUCAGACAUCUUGGAGCUGCCAAAUGUUCGAGAGCUGGAAACAGGUCCUCACGCUCCUGUCUAUCAGCUCCUCAAUCUCUUUGCUUAUGGAACCUAUUCGGACUACAAAGAAAAGGCGGCCUUGCUCCCAGAGUUAACACCUUCCCAGAAGAACAAACUUCGCCACCUGUCAAUCAUUAGUCUGGCCUCCAACCUGAAGUGUCUGCCCUACUCGCUGCUGCUCCAGCAGUUAGAGCUGAAGAACGUACGCGAGCUGGAGGACUUGCUCAUCGAAGCCGUCUACUGCGACAUCAUUCACGGCAAACUGGACCAGCGUAACCAGCAGGUGGAGGUGGACUUCAGCGUGGGUCGUGACCUCGGUCCUAACGAGCUGCCGAACAUCUCCAACACGCUACAGGAGUGGUGUGCAGGAUGUGAGGCGGUGUUGUGUGGAAUUGAGGAGCAAGUCUCCAGAGCUAAUCAGUACAGGGAGAGCCAACUCAAGGUUAAAAUGCAAGUGGAGACCGAGGUGUCAAACCUACAAAAAACCCUGAAGGCCAGCUCUGCUUCACCGUCUUCUGGCCCCGUCCCUGGUGGAGCGGCGUCCAAUCAAGAUGCAGACCAACCGGCUGAGGCGAGAGACCCUGCCUCCUCUCAGGAAUCACGGCAACCAGGGAAAAAGAGUUCAAAGGUCAAAGGGCUUCGCGGGAGCGGGAAGAUCUGGUCGAAGUCGAACUGAGCCCGAAGAGGCGUGAAAGGUCACGCGGAGGUGCAGAUCGCUGACUUGUCGAGCAGAUCCGAGACGGAACAGGGACACUUCGACACAAUUUGGAUUAAUGUUGGCAGAAGAACUAGUGAGCAGAUUGCAGCUUUUUCACGACACUGCUGUCCAGGCAUCAUAUAAUCACAGACUUUACAGAUACAAGACUCGGAUUAAAGACUUUGUGAGUGUGUGUGUGUUUUGAGAGAGAAAGAAGAGACUGUGCAUAAAUAAAAGUAUGCUUGUAAAUGUUUUAAAUCACUAUUUGUUUUCUUUCCCCCAAGUGUUUUGAGUUGUUCAGUAACGAGGGUGUAUGAAGACGAUAAAGGAAUAAACGUUCUCCCUCUGUCA